AUGCCGGAUCCAGGUGUUGGUUUCGAAUAUCCUCGACAAGACGUCUCAUGGCUCAAGAGGGAUGUGCUCUUGUUCGCAGUCAGUAUCGGGGCAACAGCAAAAGAUGAAUUACAUUUUAUCUAUGAAUUACACCCCAAGUUUGCCGUCUUCCCUACCUAUCCCAUCAUCCUACCAUUCAAGAAGACCACGCAAGAGGUCAUCGAUUUCUACGCAGCCCAGGAAAGCAAUCCAAUCCCAGGUGUCCCCAAACUCGAUUCGAGACGAGUGCUAGAUGGUCAACGCCGCAUUGAAUUCCUGAAGCCCUUGCCCACCACCUCCGAGGGCCGCAAGUUCGAGCUCCGCAGCAAAGUCCUCGGUGUCUACGACAAAGGCAAGCCCGGGACGGUCGUUGAGAGCGAAACGCUCAUCGUCGACAAAGAGACGGAUGAGGUCUACACCAGAGCAGUCGGGAGUGGAUUUUUCGUCGGCCAGGGUGGAUGGGGUGGCCCCAAAGGCCCCUCCACCGUCAACUACCCGCCACCCAAGGGCAAGGAGAACAGCCCUGACAAGAUCCACGAGAUCCAGUUGACGCCCGAGAGUGCGCAUCUGUACAGAUUGAAUGGCGACUACAACCCACUGCACGCAACACCCGAGCCAGGCCAGAAGAUGGGCUUCGGCGGCCCCAUCAUGCACGGCCUCUUCAGCUGGAACGCAUCCGCCCAUGCCCUGCUGAAAGAGCUUGGAGGCAGUGACCCAGAGAACAUAAAGGACUUCCAAGCCCGAUUCGCCGCCCCCGUCAAGCCUGGCGUCAAGAUCCUUGUCAAGAUGUGGCGCACCGGUGAGGUCAAGGACGGCUUCGAGGAGAUCAGGUUCGUCACCGAGGUCGACGGAAAGGUCGUAUUGAGCAAUGGCCGGGCCUCGAUACGUGUCGUUGAUGGCAAGAGUAAGCUGUGA